AUUUUGAUAAGCUUAAAGUAGAGGCCGAUGCCAAGAAGAAAGAAUGGAAGAGAAAGCACGGUCCACAUUUUAUUGAACAACUGAAAUGGAAGGUCAAUGAGGAAUGUGAAGUGCUGCUGACUUGCAAGGCAGGGAACAUGAAGAAGGAAAGUACCUUCAAGUGGUUCAUGAAUAACAAAUCCCACUCAGAUGGCCAGUAUGAGCCAAAGACCGGAGAUGGGACCCUUCGGAUUAAGAAGAUUACCAAAGCAGACAAGGGAAUAUACAAAGCUGUGGUUUCUGAUGAUCGUGGACAAGAUACCACUGAACUCGACCUUACAAAGGAAGCAUUUGAUGACAUCCUGAAAGAACUUGCCAGGAUCAGUGUUCUUUCUGCAUCACCGUUGAAAGUCCAACCAACUGCAGAAGGCAUCAAGAUCUACAGUGAAGUGAAGUACUACACUGAUGCCAUGAAAGCCACCUGGUAUCACAACAAUAAACAUCUGGAUAGCGGAGACCGGCUGAAAACAGGAACAACUAUGGACCAGAUCUGGGUACACAUACUGGACCCCAAAGAGUCUGACAAAGGAAUAUAUACCCUGGAGCUGUUUGAUGGACAAGAGUCACGUAAACUAUCGACAGACCUCUCUGGGAAAGCUUUUGACGAUGCACUGGCUGAACAUCAAAGGCUCAAGCAAGCAGCUGUUGUAGAAGAGUACCGAGCCAAAGUUGUUCGGGGCCUUCCGGACGUGGCCACCAUCAUGGAGACUAAGACUCUCUGCUUGACGUGCAUCAUAUCCGGAGAGCCUUACCCAGAAAUCACGUGGUAUAAGAAUGAGAAGGUGAUCACCUUUAAAGAUCGGUACAAGAUGGAAGUGAAAGGCACUGUUAUCACGAUCACCAUAGAGAACGUCAGCGGUGAGGACACAGGGAAGUUCAGCAUCCACGUCAAGAACAAGUGGGGCUCUGAAACGGGACGGGUGACAGUCAGUGUGUACAAACGCGGGGAAGAGCCAGCGGAACUCAAAGACGAACCACCCUUGAUUUGAGCCACUACUCAUGAUGCAGAAUUACACCUGUCCAGGGCUCUUUUUGUAGAAAAAGCCCAGAAGGAACUCAUUAGCAUAAUAGGCCACACCCA